AAAAUGCGAGGAUUGAUAUUUCCAUUCCUAUCGUGUUUCAAGUUUUUGUUAACAAAAUGUUUGCAUAAAUUUGCUAAUAAAUUUGCAUAUUUGCAAGAUUGAUGAUUAUAUCGGAGUGUUUACAUGUCGUCUGACAUUCGACAGCAGAUAGGAUAAGGCCUUUAAAAAUCUACGAUUUGCAAUCUUUUCCUAUAAUCAAUCUAUAAAAUACAGCUGUUAGCACCAUGGGGAAUGAUACUUCCCUUCCUCUUGUCCAAGUACCACCUGGUUUUUCAACAAUGUGCAUUGCACUUCAGUAUGGUGAUGGUAUUACUGUACUCCACCAUGAUAGUGGAGCAUUAUCUACCAUGCGACAAGCUAUUAUUGAUGCUUGGCCUAAUGGUAUUCAAAGAGAGGGUGCUAUAUGUGGCACAGGCUGGAUGUUUAAAGUCAAAGGUAAUCCAUUUUAUCAAACAUCCAGCUCCAGCACUUCACAGCAAGCAAGGCAACUGAUUGCCACCAUUCUUAAUAGAUUGUACAGUUUGGGUUGGAGGAUUGUGGUCUCCUGUGACCUGGGGCGAUUUAAUGAUAAAAGCACAAUCUUUCUAAAGAGGUCUCCAACUAAUUUCACCACUGUCCAUCCAUUUGUUUGUGUUGGUCUUAGUAGCUCAGACAAGUUGCAAAUUCUAAACCUUCCAUCACACCUUAUUGCACCACUAAAACAGGUUAUAUACCAUCACUGGACAAAAGGAAUACAGAACGAAUCAUACGAAAAUGGUGUGUUGGAAAUAAAGAUGUCAGGGAAUCCAUGGUGGGCAACAGAUCUGCAAUCCGUCAUGGCCAAGGUGCUUCUGCAAAACAUAGUUGCCACACUCUAUAGUUAUCAGUAUGUUUUUACAGUGAAUGUUAACCUUAAAAGUACGGCAGAUUCGUUAUUCUUUCGUUAUGACCCAGAACUGCCUGCCGGACAGCCAGGGCAGUUUUGUACGAUCAGUUUGAAUAGGACAGAUCGUUUACGUGUUAUUUGCGCUCCCGAGAGUAUAGUGAAUAUGAUUCGUGGUGUCAUCCAGAAUGUUUGGUCUCAUGGAAGGAUACAGGAGGAGAAGGAUCAUCAUGGCAGUUGGGAGUUUAAGAUCUCUGGAAAUCCUUGGCAUUCUUGUAAAGAAGAAUCAGUGAUGGCAAGGUAUUUGAUAUUAAAGAUUCUCGAAGCAAUGUUAAAUCAAGGUUGGCAUAAUAUUGCUGCCAUUGAUAUCUCAAGGCGAGCAACUGAUAAAUCUGUGCUUAUUUUCCAACAACGUGAACCAAAGCACUGCUCGAUCAUGUGUUUGAGUCUCAACGAUGCGGACAAAUUUCGAUGUAUCAACAUGCCUACCGAACUUGUUGAAUCUUUCAAAAAAAUUCUCCUGAGUCGUUGGUCAAAAGGAAUACAAGAAGAAAAAAUUAGGAAUUUAAGUUUCGGUGGCGUCCGGCAGUUCAAAUUGAACGGGUGGCCAUUUAAUGGUAGCUUGAAUAACGACGCGUAUCAUAUACGAAGCUUUCUAUGCAAUAUCAUCGAGGCUUUUGCCGCACGAAGUUGGAGAGUCUACAUGGCUGGUGAUGUUUCCGCAAAGUAUGUGCAUCAAGAUAAAGGAGCAGAUUAUCCAAUAGAUGUUCACAGUAUUUGGUUUAUAUACGAUCCUCCCACUACCCAGCAACCCACCGCCCCAGCCUAUGGCUUUGCGUCUUCUUCACCCUACGGUACUGGUAUGCCUACAGCACCAUAUCCACCGAUAGGUUCGGGCAUGCCGUCAGCGUAUGGGGGGCCUCCAGCAACUGCACCCUACCCACCUACAGCUCCGACAUCUGGAUACGGGCUGUACCCUAACCCAAAUGAACCACCUCCAACAUAUAACGAAGCAACGGGGUGGAAUAGAGACCCCAAAUAGAGAAACGUUCACGAAGUUGAUGAACUUAGGAGUCACAUUUAUAGUCUCUGUGUAGCACUGUACGAUAGUAUUAACCCCCUUCCCAUUUCUUUUGCCUACAAUACAUAGAUUUGCCGGAAAUUGCACAAAACACGUAUAAGCAUAUUUUUCAAAAAAAAUCAGAAAAGACCUUUGCAAUGUUUUAAGUAAAAUAGCGAUGUACAAAACACCAUGCAUGCAUGUGCUGAACAAUAAAAAACUUGACAUAGGCAUUGAAUUCUUGUAAAAUCUUGACAAUAAUAGUCACUUUAGAGAAGUGUUAUAGCUUAUAUUUCCCGAAUGGAUGGAAAUGAAUUUAAUUCGGUUGUAAAGAUUUGGAAAAGUUGAUCAUAAAAAGGGAAAAUAAUAUACGUUAGUUACGUAACCUAGUAAUACAAUUGUUGCCUACCAACCCCCUUCCCCCUCGGCCCCUAUAAUUCAAAAAUAUCUUCGAUCUGUAUGUCAGUGUAUGUUAUUUACACCAGUUUCGUGUUCUAUAUUUGCUAGCAGUUAUG